AUGGCGCCUGGGGUGUUGGCAGACGAUGCCAGCGAUGAGUUGAUCUCAAUUCUGCGCAACAACAAGGCUAUUCUGAUUCCGAUUCUCAAUGGGCAUGUCAACGGAAAGAAAGAGGACCCUGCAAAUAGUGAAGCUCCUGCCAAGACUGGCGAAGUUAAGACUGAGACAGAGGAAACGGAUGAGAUAAACAAGAAACCCCCAACUGAAGAGGAACCACAAGACCAGGUCAUGAAGUGCGAAAUCAAGCACCUUGAUCGUCGCUAUGACGAGAAGGACGAGACAUACUUCGAUGAGCGCAAGACUGACCUGGAGAAGCCUCAGCAGAAGGAUUGGUGGCGAUUAUUUGCAUUUUGUCUCGUUAGACAUUACGACUCAGAUAACGAGUUGAGUCACACUCGCCUCUAUGUAAAUCCACAACCAAUCAGGCAACUACUUUACGAUGUCAUCGGUAACUUCCCGUCGGAUCCAAUCGAUGUGGACGACGUUCAGAUUGAAGCUCCAUACUAUUCACUUUUUUACUACCGAGAAAAGCUUGAAACGGAAGGUGUCAAGCGUUUCGAGGAGGAGGAGGAGGACGUAGAGUCGCUGGCGCAACUCAAACUCCUACUUAAUUGGGUUGACACACAUUUCGAGUCAGACACCUCAGCAUAUAGGCGGUGUAUCACCGGUGAUGUGAAAGCUAUCGGUUAUGACUACCUGUGGACACUGUUUGCUCCUGGAACCAUCAUCUAUAGCGAAAUACUUGAACAACACCGAGCUUUUCGCGUCGUUAAUACCUGGUAUGAUGUCGGCGAGCUGCCCGGGCUAGGUAUGAAGGUCAAAUUCAUCGACUUCGACGGCCAGCGCGUUGGCACUCGCAAGAUGGAGCUGUUCAUUCCGAAGUAUGGUGGCACGCAGGAUAUUAGCGAACUUCCAACCAUGCCUCUCGACCUCUUACAAGAUGCCAAUGAAGUCCGUCAAGAAAUCACAGACCGCGGGAAGAAGUUCGAGGGAUAUAUUGGACAGCACUUUGUUCAGUACAAUGGAAUCGCGUUGAAGAAGGUGGAGAGAGGCUAUGCGCGCUUUAAUGUUACUGGUCGUGUCAUGAUUGACUGCAAAACCUACCAUCGGAUUGAGCCUAACGAUUCAUUCAGCGUCAGAGAAAUGUCUAACGACGAAGCCUCGAAGCGUGAAAAGGCACGCAAGCGGGCUAUGGGCAAUACCUCGUUUGUUUCCGAUGAAAUUGUACACGACAAGCUAUCUGAUGAGGAUAUCAUGCUUUGCAACGCCACUGUUCGGGGCUACUCCUUCACUGCCAAAAAGUUCCUCGAAUUCUUUGCGGACAAAAUAUCACCUAUUGAGUGGAAUACACGAUGCUUUGACGAUCUCGUGCUAGACGCGGAAACCAAGAAGACUGUACAGGCACUUGUAUCAACACACGCUGAGAAGCGCGAGGCAUUUGACGACAUCGUUAAAGGCAAGGGUCAAGGUCUUGUUUGUGUGUUGCAUGGGCCGCCAGGAGUCGGAAAGACAUUGACAGCCGAAUGCGUGGCUGAAUACGUUCGACGACCAUUGUACAUGGUCUCAUCCGGAGAUCUCGGAGUCUCUAGUGGGGAACUUGACCGCAAACUGACGCAAAUCAUGGAUAUGACAUCAACCUGGCGUGCGGUAUUGCUUAUUGACGAGGCCGACGUGUUUCUUGAGCGACGAUCGCUUCACGAUCUCCACCGCAAUGCCAUGGUCAGCGUUUUUCUGCGUGUCUUGGAGUACUACUCUGGUAUUCUAUUCCUGACGACGAAUCGGGUGAACACUUUUGACGAUGCCUUCAAAUCACGUAUUCACAUCCCGAUCAGGUACACCGAUCUUUCAAUCGAGUCGCGGAUGCAGAUCUGGCGCAACUUCUGCAAGAUGGUGCCCGGUGGCGUCGAUAUCGACGACAUUGGCAUUGCUAUCCUUGCGGAGCACGACUUGAACGGUCGACAGAUCAAGAAUGUCAUCAAGGCUGCGGAGAGUCUAGCAAUCUUCGACAAGAUCAAACUGGGCCUCAAGACAUUGCAGCAAGUCACAAAGAUCCAGGCCACGUUUGAGAAGGAUCUGACAAGCUUGAGUGGUAUUGAUUACACCGCGCCCGGUGCUUCGCGAAAGGAUGCCGAAAGCCGACAUAUGUUCCUAUAG